AUGAAGGAUUUGGUGAUAUGCCGCAAGGUCAAUGAAGGAGCAGAUGACAACGGGGAUGCCUCUGAGUUGUACACCGCCAUACCAAUCAACGUCCUACCAGCAGUGAGGAACCGCGUGGAUAUGACACUUCCGAUGCGUGAUCUUACAGACGACAUGUUUCUUGCUGGUUACCCGACGGCUGGAGACUCCGGGCUGCAAUCCCCGAGCGUACCUUGGGAGAUCACGGAUGGUUGUUUGAUAUUGUACCGUGAAGACCAAGCAGCAUUAUCUGCUGAUAUCCGAGCCCACAAAUUUACUGACACACUGGACUACUCAGCUGAUAAAGCCAGUCAAAGAUACGGAAGAGUCCAGGAAAGCGGGGGAGCAGCCCUGUUUGUUACAGGGACUGCAUUGGACUGCCUCCCCGCGGCAAGCAGUGCGUCGAAUCGGAUGCGCAAUGUAUUUCUGCCGACGACCGCAAAGCGACGCACUGAGGCACAGUGCAUUGCCUUAGUAACUGGUGUCUUGCCGCAAUUGACACGUACUAUCCUUGCACAAUGCCACUCUAGACACAAUAGAAGGCUUGUGGUUAAACGCAGCAACAGGCUAGAUCCCUCAAAAGAGUGA